AACAAGGCGCCAACUCUUUCAACCACCUCGGUAGCUUGCUAGCCAACAUAAAGCUGAACGAUUCGGGCUUUAGACCAUGUUUGUGUACAUUAGAUAAUCUCUGUAUUUUAAACACUUUUCUGGUGACUUUUCAACUGGUUAACUUUAAUCUAAUUUGCUUAUUCAUUUUGCAAACGUGUUGAAUAUAACGUUACUGAGGUUAGCACAUGGCUAGUUGCUAAUGCUACCUAGCUAGAUAACAUCCCUGACCAUGAGCUCACUGAACUUCUCCCCUGGUAAAGAAGAGGAGAAAGAAUCUUUCAGAAUGAAAAAGGAGGACGAGGAGGCUGUUAUAGUGAAAAAAGAGAAAGCACCUUUUGGAGAGGAAGAGGAUGCUGUCUCAAUAAAGGUGAAGAAGGAAGACGUCUUGGGAGUGAAAGAGGAGGAGACAGAAUAUCCGAUUAACACCAGAGAGAGACAUGAUUAUGGUGGAUCCUCUGGGGAGCCUCAACAACAUCCUGAUGCUGACGAGGCAGAGAAGAGUCUCUCCAGAUCAGAACACCAGAUGGACAACACUAGCCCUUCCUCCCUCCCGGAGUCCCUGUAUCGUGCCUCUCUUGGUAGCACGUUACUGCUGGGUAUGAAGAGGUUGUCUGUGCUGCUGGUGGACUGCAGGAAAACAACAGGACUGAGUGGAACUGUUAGAGGACGACAAGAGAAGGAAGGAUCAGAUUUAGCUCAUCAAAGAGGAAAACCAAACUCGGAGGAACCAGAGACGUCCAAACCAGCAAGACGACACCUCUGCUCUCAGUGUGGAAAGAGUUUUAUCAAGUUAGGAAGCCUAAAAGCUCAUGAGCGAAUACACACAGGGGAGAAGCCUUACCAUUGCUCCCAUUGUGGACAGAGUUUUAGCCAGUUAGGAAGCCUGAAAGCUCAUGGCCGAAUACACACAGGGGAGAAGCCUUACCACUGCUCACAUUGUGGAAAGAGUUUUAACCGCUUAGGAAGCCUAAUUGCUCAUGGGCGAAUACACACAGGGGAGAAGCCAUACCAUUGCGAACAGUGUGGAAAGAGUUUUAACAAGUUGGAUAACAUGAAAUCUCAUGAACAAAUACACACAGGGGAUAAGCCUUACCACUGCUCCCAGUGUGGAACUAAGUUUACCAAGUUGGGAAGCCUGAAAAGACAUGAGAGGACACACACCGAAGCAAAGCCUUUCCAUUGCGCCUUGUGUGGAACGAGUUUUAACCAUUUAGGAAACCUGAAAAGACAUGAGAGAAUACACACAGGGGAGAAGCCUUUCCAUUGCGCAAAGUGUGGAAAGAGUUUUAGCUUGUUAGGAAACCUACAAUCUCAUGAGCGAAUUCACACAGGGGAGAAGCCAUACCAUUGCACACAUUGUGGAAAGAGUUUUAACCAGUUAGGAAACAUGAAAUAUCAUGAGCGAAAUACACACGGGAGAAACCAUACCAUCGCGCUCAGUGUGGAAAGAGUCCUACGGAGUUAGGAAAGCUGAAAGCUCAUGAGCACACCUUACAAAUGUCACUUAAAAGGCAUGUGAGAAUCCACAGAAAAAUAACUUCUCCUAGUGUGUAAACUGAUUUCACAUCACCUUAAAGUUCAUCAGAUAACAUACACAGUGCUCCCAUUGUCUUCUAUUGUUGACUGAGAAUGUGUUUACUUGUUUAUACCAUAUAAAAUGAAAUUCAAUUGUAAAAAAAAAUAUACUGUAAAAUAUAUUUGUAUGUCUUUGUUAGAAACUAUUCAUUGAAUAUGGAGUAUGUCAGUUUGAAUACAGAGUAAAUCAGAUUCCAUGUGUCCAAUGGUCCUUUUUUAAACUCCAUGUGUGUGUUUUUCUGGGUGUGUCAUUCCUCCAGCACUACAGAUAAUCAAGUGAUAUUUGGAUGUGAUGCAUUUGCUCCAUUGUUCACAUUUGCAUCGUUUGCCCACUGAUGAUUUAAUGACAUGAAAAAGUACACUGAC